AACGCCAGGACACGCGAUAAAGCCCACAGGCGGAACACAGUCGGGACAGCGCGACAAAAGCUGACAAGUGCCGAGUGCCAACAAACAUAAUUAGGCUGCUGCCCGACACACGCGCUCGCGCUUCUAUCAUAAUUGUUUGUGCAGCUCAAACGAGUGCCAAGAACAGCAACCUCAGAGCAAACAAACACAAAGCAAUGUGAGAUAAUCAUAAACACAGCACAAAACGAAAACGAAAACUCGAAACAGCAAAGAGCCGAAAACCAAACAAAAACAGUGCAAAAAGUAAGCCAGAGAGAGAGAGAGAGAGAGAGCGAGAAGAAAAAAAGCGAAUUUUAAACGUCUGCAAAUUAAUCAACGUGCUAGGAAACACGACAGACAAACUGUCGUCGGAACAGGAUCAAGUCCUAGACAACUUAUCACAGAGGAUUUACGGACAAACGACAGACGAGAGAGAGAGAGAGAGAGAGAGAGAGAGAGAGCACAGCCAGGCAGCAGCUAAUCAACGGCCACAGACGACGCGAAGGCUACACCCAAGCCCCAGCAGGGGGAGGAGCAGUGGCAACAGCAGCCGCCGCCUCAUUUGGCCACUGCGGAUUAUGUUAAUUAGAUUUUAUACACGCAACGACAGGGGAGCACUUUCCACUGUAAUGUGACAACAGUUGGCCAUAACAACAACAAUAACAGGAAGAACAAAGGGCCAGCAGGAUAACAACCAGGACAACAGCAUCAGCAGAAGAAGAGGAGCAAUGCUGUUCGCUUUUUAAUUGACAUUUGCUCGAGUUGAGUUGCGUUUUGUUCAACAGCAAUUAGCUGGCCAAGGAAAACUUAAACGAAACAGAGGGAAAACAAAGCAGGAGAGGAGCGGAAUGUAGAGAGGGCAGAGCGGAGCCCGCGGUGGAAAACGACAAAAGAGAGCAAUUAAAAUUGUAAAACAAUUGCAGAACUGCUGAAAAAUUGAAAGCAGCAAGCAGCAGCAGCAAAUAACAAACGAGCCCGCGACCAAAAUAGAAUGAUCAAGUUGAUUUAAUUAAAAAUUAAAAACAUUUCAACCCGCGACGUGACGCACGCCCCUUCCAUCGGGCAAUGACAUUUUAACAAGAAGAUUUGAGCAAUGGCCGGUGAAAGGGAAACGCAGCCAUUGCCAUUGGCAGUGCCCUCAGGCGUAGGUUCAGACACAGAUUCAGAUUCAGGCUUUGGCUUCAGCUGCGACCCCAGCACCUGCUGUUGACACUUGUCACAUGCCCGGCCAAAAGGCGCGCACGUGACGCCCGCCCUCUCACAGCAAAAGUGAAUGAAUGAAUAAGGAAAUGAAUGACCCAGCCAGCCAUAUUCAAAAUUGAACGUUUAAACGUUUGCACGUACAGCGCAUAAAUUCCAAGUGAAAUUAAAGGACAUUUUGACCCCCAACAGGAGGGAAGGAGAGUCUACCGUAAAAGCGGAUAACGGGCAAAAGGGAGCAAGAGAAAAUGGUGAAAAUCGUGGCACCCCUGCGUGAUGUGGGCCUGCUGCUGGCGUGGUCACUGCUCCUAACAAGGUUGGCGUGCGCCCAACGUGAGGUCUCCACUCGAAUCGAAGUCUCCACCCGCUCUGCAGCCGAGAUCUCGGUUCGCGCUGCUGCCGAGAUCCCGACUCGCGCUGCAGCCGAGAUCCCGACUCGCGCUGCUGCCGAAGUCUCCACUCGCGCGGCUGCCGAGAUCCCGGUUCGCGCUGCUGCCGAAGUCUCCACCCGCGCUGCUGCCGAUCGGGAGGAGCAGCAAUUGUCGCAGCAGCACCGCGGCCUUAGCUACCAAAGCAUCCACCGCAUACUGCGCAAUGAGAAUGAACCAGCGAGCUUCAGGGGGGAGCCAGCGAGCUACCGGGGGGAGCAGCGCUACCAGCAGCAGCGUUUCAGUCAAACGCGCCAAAAGCGUGAGCUUAAUGCACCCGCCAGCCGACUGAAUCUAACCAAUCGCGGCCUGCGGCAGUACAACAGCAGCAGCGGGCAGUGGCAGGGCGACCUGCAGGUGAUCACGUCCAUGGAUUUGAGCAACAAUCGGCUGAGUCGACUCAGCAUCGAUCACUUUCAGCAGCUGCGGCAGCUGGAUGUGAGCAACAAUUCGCUGAGCGGCAUACCCCUGAGCCUGGCCGACACCAGUCCCUCGCUGCCGCUGGUGACACUCGAUUUGUCCUGCAAUCGGUUCAGUCGGCUGUCGUCCAACUUCUUUGCGCAGCGACUGCCGCAGCUGCGGCACCUCAACCUCGCGCACAAUCUUCUGGGCAACGUGUCCCGUGAGACGUUCUACAAUCUGCUGGAGCUGCAGACGCUCCUCCUCAGCCACAACAACAUCUCGGACAUUGACUACGAAACGUUUCUGGCACUGCCCAACCUACACCACUUGGAUCUGUCCCACAAUCGUCUGAGUGGAUCCGCCAUUCGGGCGCUGCAGGGCAUACCUGACUUGGUGAGCCUCUCGAUCGCCCACAACCCGCAGGUGGGAGCUGCCAUGCAGGAAUUUGUAGCCUCCUGGAGUCUGAAGGAGCUGGAUGCCAGCGGCACGGGACUGUGUCAGGUGCCGGCCGCUCUCGCACAGUCGGUGCGCACAUUGAAGUUAUCCGACAACUGGCUCAAGUCCAUCAACUGCGGCGACAUGGACAGCUAUCCGCUGCUCCAAUACCUCGAUCUGUCCCAUUCCCGCAUUGCUCACGUCGAGGACGAUGCCCUGGGCCGCUUGGAGCUGUUGGAGUUCCUCUUCCUCGAUCAUAAUCUCUUGUUGCGAGUGCCUGGCAGUCUGCCCACCUCGCUGGAGCAUCUCUUUUUGCAGCACAAUCAAAUAAUGGAGCUGCCGCCGCAGUCGUUUGCAGGGCUAACCAAUCUCCAGACAUUGGAUGUGUCCGGCAAUCGUUUGAUUUUCCUGCCCGCUCUGGCGCUGCCCAAGCUGCUGACGCUGAACCUGCAGUCGUCUGGGGUGGAGAGUGUGAGUCAAUCGAUAGUGCACACAUUGCCACAGCUGAGGGACUUGCUGCUGGAGGAUAAUCCCAUUAGGUGCAGUGAUCUGCUGAGCAUUGCCGAGUGGGCCAGCCCCUGUCGCGCCGUCGAUGUGGGUCAGCCGAGGGGCCAAAUCGAUUUGAAGCAGCAAUUUUUGCAGUUUCAUGACUUUUAUGAGAACUUUGGCAGUCAGUGUGGCCGGAGAAUGGAAGCGGGAGCAACGCAAGAUGACAAAAGGCCGCCCGAGUGCAGUCUGGAGGCCACUGCACCUGCAACAGCCACGCAGCGAACUCUGCCACAAAGCAGCCAAGAGUCAAAGGCUCAAGAUACGGCAACAACAACGCAGCAAUCAGCCGGUAACAACAUUCCUCAGCUAACCACAAAAACUUUGAGGCCAACAGAAACAACUUUGUUAGCGAAAAUUCAGCAACGGCAACAGCAACAAAAAAUGCCUGGCAUGCCAAUUGCAACAACAACGACAACAUCACAGAGUCUGCCAACUGCAGCAACAACAACAACAACAACAGCAAACCCAAGCCAGCCAACUGCAACAACAACAACAGCAUACCCGAGGCUGCCAACUUUGGCUCAAACAAAGGCAACACAAGCGAUGAACAAUUUGGCAAUGCCAACAGCCACGAGAGCAACAACAACAGUAAUUACAACAACAACUGGAGCAACAACUACAACAACAAUGCAUUCCAACGAGCAAAUGCUGCAACCGCAAACAGCAACCAAACCCAAGGGACUUGCAGUGCCAACGAACAUUAGCGAACAGGCAACAACAACAACAACAGCAGCUACAACAACGGGUACACCAACAACGGGUAUUCCAACAACACCAAUUCAAGUGCCACAAACAAUUUUAACAGCACAAAAAUCUGACAAAAUGCCAGCACAAACGGGAGGCAGCGUUAAGUCAACUGACACUUUAUUAAAAUACUCCACAACAACCUCAACCUCAACAACAACAACAACAGAGAGACCAGAACUGUCUACAAGCGAAACAUCAACGUCCGGUCAAGCAGCAGCAGCAGCGCCAACUGUGGCGCCACACAAACAUGCAACGUUGCAGCUGCAUAUUAAGGAUCGCCAUCUAAUUGGCACACCGCUGCUCAUGCACAAGGGCGAUGUGCUGCUGGUGGAUGCCGAACAGUUGCUGCUGCCCGGCACAGCCACCGUGGCGGAUGCGCAACAACGACGACAGCUGGAAGAUAGCCAGCAGCAGCAGCAGCAGCAGCAGAAGGAGCACAGGCAGCACAGAGAGCAGGAAACCCGCCAGACAUCGUCUGCUGAUAAGCGGCAACCGGAAGCAAUAAACGGCGACACAAAGUCGCCAACAAAGACCAAGAAGAAGCCAUCGUUGAGCAUCAAGAAGAUGACAUACAGCACCAAGCAUGCGGCCACAAAGAUGCCUCCAGCCAUGCCAACCACACCGAGGACACAGCAGCAUCAGCACAGCAGCGUGAAUACGCCCAAGGAAGGAGCGCUGGAGGAGCUGAACACAUUUGCCCAACUGAAGGCCUACGUGGAGCUGAAGAGCGAGUCCAAGCCGGAGCACUUGAUGGAUCAGCGACUGGAGGCACAGCACACCCUAUCGAGCAGUCAUCCUGGCGUGAUGCUGCUGCUGGCCUGCGUCUUGGUUGUGGUGCUGCUGGCGGGCCUGGCCCACGUCUAUCGCUGUGAGCUGCCGUGGCAGCGGCGUGGACGUGCGGGACAGCUGCGACCGCAUCAUCAGCGACAGUUCAAUGAGAGCGACGAUGCGCACAGUUUCCUCAACUAUCAGGCAGAUCCUGCCAGGCUGCAGAAGUGGCAUCACAGCACCAGGCGUGAGGCGCCCUACAGCUCGCCGCUGCACAAUCUUCAGGCUCGGGAGCUGCAACAGGAGCAGAGCAGGCUGAAACAGGAGCAGACUCGACUGGAGCGCUGUCAGCAGUUCUAUAGCGCCUCGCUGGCCAGCAGCAGCAGCGGCUCCUCGGGCAGCAGUCGCAGCAGUUUGCAAUCGCCCAGCCACGAGGAUAGCUACUCCAUUGAGAUGGCACCCAGCAGUCCGACCGCUGGCCUCGCUGUGCCCAGCCUGCCCAUGGAGCUGCUCAGCAGUGGCAGCCAGCCCCGCCGUGUGGCAGCAGCAGCAGACAGAAUGGCAGCCACUGACCUCGGUGGAGCACCGACCUUGCCGCCGGUCAUUAAAUCAGUGAGCAGCAGGCUGAUGGCACCCAGCUCGCGGCGUCUGGGUAUCUGGUGACAAACCGUCUUUGGACAGCGGCAAUAUGCGCCCUUCCAGUAGAGGCAAAGUCGAGGCAAGUCAGGUCUCGAGAGUAGAGAGUAAGGUCCGACCCACACACAUCCAACAUCCAACACCCAACUACCGACUGCCCGCCCAGGAAACUGUCAGCUGCCAACUGUGCGAAAUGAGUCAUAAAGUUAAGAGGCGCCAGAGACCGUCCCGGAAUCGGUUCUCAGUUACGGAAACGACAGAAUUUUCUUUGGGUUUAGCUUAACGAAAGUUGGAGCUUGGUUUUCCAAAUCGAUUGAUAGAAAUUGAAGGCUCAAAUCGUUGCCUCGAAGCUGAAACUCAGAACACAAAGGCCGAAUAGAAGUUCCAUUGAGUUUGCCGCUCAGUUGACUUAUGAUGCUUCGCCGCACACGUUGCAGGGCCUCUUAGCGUUUAGCAGCAACAAUUUGUCAUAAAUUUGAGUUACGUAUACGCCGCGUGAGGCAGAGCGCAGAGUCCCAGCCAAAUGGCCCGCGCUAGCAAAGUUUUUAUGAGCCAUUCAAGAGGGAGGAGGGCCGGCCGCACUCCCCCUGCCAAUUUGAUGUCCAUCUUGUGGUCGUAUUUAGGUCAGUUUACUGGCCAGACCUGGCCGUGUUCCAUAGGAGUGCCCAAGAUUAAGUGUUGUGAUAGUCAUGCAUAUAAAAAUGAAAUAUCGAUCAAGUAUUAAGUAACAGUUUAGUUUACGACAGGCAAGAAAUCAAAGGAGAAAUCCAACUGCCAGCAGAUGCUGAGCCAGGGGAAUAAAGCAGAGGAAAUUGGUGGGCCACGGGGCAACCCUUGCGUUGUGCCUUCAUUUCAGGCUCUUCCUUCAUUGUACUGCUCGCUGCUUGACUACAUCUUAACCUACUUUCCCAGGCGGCUGCUUGAGAAUUCAGUGUUUAAAUUGCAAUUUAAUUAAAGUUUUGCCUGUGUCGGCAGUCUUUCCCCCAGUGCUGGACACACACCAAAUCCAACCCUCAAUUGCCAAGUGUUGCCCUCCGGCAAUCCCAUUGUCAGCCCCGUUCGAACAAUCAGCACCACACUUAACCUCAUUUUACAAAUUGACCAACGGACACAACAUAUGGGUGUAAAUCCAGCGCAAUCCUAGCCAAGCCAUGCCAAAAGUGAAAUGUUGUACAGCUAUUUGAAGCUACAUUUAGACGUAGAUCUAGAAUAAUGUGCCAGCAAAUCAAAUGAACAGACACGCGGCAACAGCUAAAGAACGGAGCAAGGAACAGGGACAGGGACAGGGACAGUGGGAGGCCAUAGACAGAACACAACAAUUACAUUAAGACACGAUAAAAAGUUGUGCAAAAAUCUUGCGUGCCCGCCGCAAGACGCCGAGACUUCCCUUCAACCACUGAACCAGACUGAACUCUAAAGAGAACCCCUUGGAAGGAGGGCCGAGAGCCACACCACAAUCAUUGCACAGCUUUUUCAACAUUUUGUGGCUUUGUAAUUGGAAUACGAAUGCGAAGUACAAGAGGAAGGCGCGUGCACACGAGUGGCGACAGCAACAGGAAGUGGCCGAAACUGGAGAGACAGAGAUAGCUAUGGGUUAGAGCAGAGCGCAAGAUAGUUUCGGCUUAAAGACAGAGAGGGCGAGGGAGAGAGCAGCUCACAAGAAGGCGUUCAAGCGCACUCCUUGGGCAAUUCUGAAGGAUUUAUUUGCAGACAAAGUGAGGGCCUCGCUACGAGACAACAAUUAAAGUAAUGCCGACCCACAAGCGACGCCCGAUUUGGGGUGGGGAUUAUAUGCCAGGCAGAGAGGGAGGCAACUCCGAGGGUUGUGUCCGCUGCCAGAACGCACAAAAUCUUAAUUAAGGAACUUCCAAGUGGGCAAGUGUCAGACAGCAGGAGGCAUUUCUCUUGCUUUCUUUUUUUGUUGGUGUCUUCUUUGGGUGUUUAAGGAAACCUUUUCUAUAUAUUCGACUCUGCCGGCACAGCACAAAAUUUCGGCUACAAAAGAAACGGCAAGCCGGACAGGGACAGACAAUGGGUUCGGGGCGGACAGAGCGACAAUGGACAGGACCCAAAGUCCAGUGGGGUCCGGUUCGGUUCGGUUCGGUUCGGUUCGUUCCUGAAGCAUUGUCAAAUUUAAUGAAGGUUUCCCCUGCACCCACAGCCAAGAACAACGCAGCUGGCCAAGAUUUAGGAAGUUUUUCGAGCCACCAAGUGCGACGAAGGACCAACUCAAAUGAGUUAAUUCGAUAUUUGACACUUUGAGCACAUUCCAGGCAGGCCAGAUCUCAGAUCACACAUUUUGCGAACCCACAGCAGAGUCGACUUUUGUCUCCCAGCGCAGUUAAUAAAGUUGGUCCAGGACGAGGACCAACACGUAAUUAUUUGCCUGCUAAAUGGCUUUUUUGGGACAAACAAUUUCGGGGUGGCCGUUAAAUGGAAGCGAUUUAGAAAAUUAUGUGAAAAUAAGUUGCCUUUUGUUUGGCUGGACCACUGCUGGCAGUUGGCAGUUUCCAGUUUCCAGUUUCCAGUUUGGCGGUUUGCUUGGGCUCAUAAAUAACGGCACAUAAUUGGUGGCCAAAAAAUGAUGGCAAGCAAAAGUACAGCAAAAACACCACCACACACACACACACAAACACUUACAAUAAUUAAAGUUAAUUGCGCAUUGUACAUUUGAUAUGUCAAACUGUAAAUUAUAGUUGGUAAUAUUUAAUUGUAGCGACACUUUUGCGACACUUUUGCGAUACUUUUGCGAUAAUUAGAAUUUCCAAUUUCUCAAAUAUUGCAUGUACAACUUUCCGUAGAAUAUGUAUUGACAAUUUACAGAGAAA